AUGGAAAAGGUCGAAGAGAGGAAGAGACAAAUUUGGGAAGCAGAAAAAGAGAGGAGAGAAGCAAUAGUGAGAAAAAAUCAAGAAAGGGAAGCAAGAAUAGAAACGAAAAAAAGGAACGAAAGGAGUUCGAUCGUAUUCGCAUUUGGAAGUUCGACUCCUCGUUUACUUGAAACAACCGACAGCAGCAAUAGUUUUUGGGGACCCAGAAGGGCAACAUCAACGGCUAAUUUGAGGUUAUUUCCGACGACGACGACAACCCCGACGAAUCCUUUGUCUCGAAGACCCUCGGAACGUGAAUUAGAACCUAAGAAAAGAGCUUCUUCUGCUGGCGGACUCUAUAGGAAUCCCGGUGAUCUAAUGUCUACAUCUAUGUACGAGGUGUUUCACUGGGAUACAGAACCCUCCUCUAAACCUCGCCUUUCUCUUGCCCCAAAUCCCGAUCCUUUACUUUCUAACAUUGACGAUCCUUCGUCGGGUCCCCUAAAUCCCCAUUUAAGUAAAUCUUUUCACAUUUCUCACGCCGCUGGUGACUCUGACAUUAGCCCUGCUAUGAGUGCGUCUCACUUAAGAAUCGGUAGGAGGAAGACUGAUCUAAUGCCUACGAUCCCUUCGCCAAGGGAUGGUACAACCAGUCGACCCACAUCUGGAUCCCGGUCCCUGGCCAGAACGCCAGGUAGGGCUUAUUCUAUGGCGCGACUCGACAUUUUGGCUCAGCCGCGAGUCGUGCAUUCGAAUCCUUAUUCGCAACCCUUAUCGGGGUCUUCGAAAUCAAUGUCGCGUAGCACUAAUCAUCUGGUAGAAAGUAAAGAGUUUCAGUCGAACACUUUGACCAAAAAGGAUACGUCAAAGAGCAUGAUGCAACUUCACUCGAAAGGUCAAUCGUUGAAUUUCAUACAGCCUCGAAUGACUAGAGCUCAACGACUAAGAAAUAAAGCAAAAGCUAUGGCUUCUUCGACAAAGAGUUUGUCACCCGACGGUGGUUUGUCGUCAGGUGACACGACACCCUCUCGUCCUGGAAGUGUACUAAGUCAAUGCAGCUUUACCAGUGCCUCGACACCGACACCCACACCGCGGUUAAGGUCUGCGCCAAGGAAGCCUAGACCGUUUAGCAUUCACAUAACCGGAGUAACAAAAGACUCGCAAAAAAUAGAUUCACCAUCGGAAGAAAAAUCAAAACUUAAAGAAUUGAAAGCGACAAAACCAACGGGUGUGAAACAACAAAUUAGGAAGCAAAAUUUACCCAAAAGCGACGACGUAACAAAACGUCAACAAGGAAUUGGAAAUAAUAAUAAUAAUAAUAAUAGUAAUAAUAAUGGAAAUGGAAUGAAUAACAACAAAAUCGAUGUCGAAACCAACGCAUCCGAAGAAAUAAAAUCAGAAAAAACAAAUGAAAAUAAUAAAGAAGAAUUAAUUGUAAAGGAUAAUAAUGAAACGAAAGAAAAUAAUGUUGUAAAUAAUAAUAAUAAUAAUAAUAAUAAUAUUACGACGAGUGACGUAGGAGCCCAAAAUUCAAAUCAAAACAUUAUGACGAAGUCAACAAAAAAUAUACAGAAUGGUAAAAAGGAAUCUUCUAGUAACGAUAAUGAUAAUUCUGGUUCCAUCGAUGACGAAUCAGGAAAAGUCAACGUUAUGACAAGAUCAAAAAUAUCAACCGAAGAAGAAGCGAAGGCAGCUUUAGCAGAAAGACGAAGGGUUGCUAGAGAGCAAGCCGAAAGAGAAGCGGAAGCGGAAAGGCUUCGUUUAGAAAUGGAAGCUAAAUUGGAAGCGGAAAGAUUGAGGAAGGAGGAAGAGGAGCAGCGUUUAGCCGAAGAAGAACAAUUAAGAUUAUUAGAGGAAGCAAGGAAAAUGGAAGAAGAUAGAUUAAUGCAAGCAAUACAGGAAGCAAAAAAAAGAGAAGAAGAAGAAAAAGAAAAACGACAGCAAGAAGAAUUGGUAAGAUUAGAAAAAGAAGAAGCGGGUAGAAAAGCUCGAGAAGAAGCGGAAAGGCAAAGAAUAGAAAUGGCCGAAAGAUUAAAGAGAGAAGAAGAAGAAAGGCAAGCAAGAAGAAAAAGAGUGGAAGCCAUAAUGAAGCGUACUCGGAAAAAUCCGGAAAAUUCGACAAAUAAGGCUGAUAGUGAAAAAGGUGAAGAAGAUGGUACGGAACAUGAAAAGGACGAACCAAAAAAUAAAUUGGAAGUUUUCUUACACGGUGAAAGAAUGUCGACGGACAUGACGUUAACCAACGGUCAAACAACUAGCCAAGAUAAUAAUCAUCAUAAUCAUCAUCAUCAUCAUCAUAAUGAUGAUGAUAAGGAGGAGGAAAUGUUGGAUUCUAAUCUGAUUGAUAAUAAUCAUUCAAACGGAGUAGACAUAACAACAAAUAAUAGUUUAGAUAAUAAUAAAAAAGAAGAAGAAGACUGUCUCAAUUCGAAUUCUACGUUGGUCACACCUUUGAUAGGUUUUCAGGGAAAAACAAAGGAAACUUCUGUCACAGCUGAUUACAUGGCCUAA